AUGGCCACUAUUGAUCAAAAUGAUAACUCUCUUGAAGAAUUUUUUCAGAGUUUAAAGGCGCUGGACCUUGGCCCUGCUGAUAAAUUUGAGGAUAGAUGCUCGUCCUACACCCCCGAUAAUGCUGCAAUUGUCCAGGAUGAGCUCGCCAGCAGAUAUCUCACACAGUCUAAUAUUUUACCAUGGAGCAUUUUAGACUUGACGCAAACACUUCCAGAUGUGAAUUUUACAUCUGGACAAUCUGAUCCUACAAGAAAAAUUAAGGAAGAUUACGAUUAUGUGGAAUUUGUUGAGGUCCCGGAGCCUAUCAAUCGAGUGUCGUAUCGGUUCCAGCGGAAGGGUAUUAAAGGUGAAAUAUUUGGGUACAAGGAGGAGGUGAAUUUUGCUGAGGUUGUUAAUGCCAAUGCGGCAAAUUCAUUACUUUUAACGAGGAAGAUUACGCAUCGUAGCAAUGCUCUAAAGGGAUCGACUUCACAGUUGCCAUUUACCCCUGGCGGGUUGACUAUGAAUGCAGUAAGCACACAGUCUGAUGGAUCAGUAAUGCAUACUGCUACUAAAUUGUUACAUAGAGAUGCCCAGGGUUUGUUCGAUAUACCACAAGGGUUAGAACGGGGUAUUAUUCCACAGGAGGUUAGUGCUAAACCAGACGAUCACAUAGCAGAGUUUAAUGAGUUAGAGUAUAUCAACAAUGAGAUGGAGAAUAUGCAAGAGAUUGAAGACAUUCAAGCAAAAAAUGAGUCGAAGCUGUUAAAUUCCCAAAUCAACCUUCUUAUAUCUGAUUCAACAAAAAAUUCUGAACAAGAUUCCUCUGAUAUUGAUUUUUUGUUACCUGUGGGUAUAGAGUUUUCUAGGACUUUGCGCCAUGAUAGUAAUCCUAUAAGGAAGAAAAAAUGGGCCCAUAUAGUUGAUUUGAGUCACACAAUCGAUAAUUUCCACGAGCUAAUACCUAACCCGGCUAGAACGUGGCCAUUUGAAUUAGAUGGAUUUCAAAAGGAGGCUAUCUAUCACAUGGAACAAGGUGAUUCAGUAUUUGUUGCUGCACAUACAUCUGCAGGGAAGACCGUUGUUGCUGAAUACGCUAUUGCAAUGUCCAAAAGAAAUAUGACCAAGACAAUAUACACUUCCCCUAUUAAAGCCUUAUCAAAUCAGAAGUUCAGAGAUUUCAAAGAAGAUUUCACUGAUGUGGAUGUAGGCUUGAUUACUGGUGAUGUACAGAUCAAUUCGGAAGCUAACUGUCUAAUUAUGACCACCGAAAUUCUAAGAUCCAUGCUUUACCGUGGUGCCGAUCUAAUUAGAGAUGUUGAAUUUGUGAUUUUUGAUGAGGUUCACUAUGUCAAUGACCAAGAUCGUGGUGUUGUCUGGGAAGAAGUAAUUAUUAUGUUGCCGCACCACGUAAAGUUUAUCUUGUUGUCUGCAACUGUCCCAAAUACCUACGAAUUUGCCACUUGGAUUGGAAGAACAAAGCAGAAGAAUAUAUAUGUUAUUUCCACUGCUAAGAGGCCUGUUCCAUUAGAGAUUAACAUAUGGGCUAAAGAUACUUUAAUUCCAGUAAUUGACCAGGACAGGAAGUUUUCUUUGAAAGCAUUUAAGAAGCAUGCUGAUCUGUUAACUGGUGUGGCUUCUUCAAAAACUAUUCCCAGAAGAGGUGCUGCAGGUGCUAUAGACAAAAAUUCUUCUGGUACAAGGGGUGGUAAAACUACUAACCGUGGGAAUAAGACCAUAACUCAUGGUUCAAGGGGAGUUGGCGCGAAAGGGUCCAACAGAAGUUCUUUCUUCCGGCGAGAUGGGCCAAAUAAACAAACGUGGCCAAAGUUAGUUAACUAUUUGAAAGCCAGAGAAUUGCUUCCAGUGGUUAUUUUUGUGUUUAGUAAAAAGCGGUGCGAAGAGUACGCUGAUUUUUUGGAAAGCACAGAUUUUUCAACUGCCAAGGAAAAGUCUCAAGUCUAUAUGUUUAUCGAAAAAUCCAUUUCCCGUUUGAAGAAGGAAGAUCGUGACUUGCCGCAGAUCAUGAAAAUCAGGUCACUGCUAGAAAGAGGAAUUGCGAUCCAUCAUGGUGGUUUGCUACCCAUUGUCAAAGAAUUAAUUGAGAUGUUAUUUGCCAAGGGAUUUGUAAAGGUAUUAUUUGCUACCGAAACUUUUGCUAUGGGGCUUAAUUUACCAACUAGAACAGUUGUCUUUAGUGAAAUCGAGAAACAUGAUGGGAACAGUUUACGAACCUUAAAUCCAGGGGAAUUCACUCAAAUGGCAGGAAGAGCUGGGCGUAGAGGCAAGGAUCCUAUUGGAACUGUCAUUAUUAUGACAUAUAACAACCCAAUAGAUGAACUACCCUUCAAGGAGGUCACAUUAGGUGUCCCAACGCGUCUAAAGUCCCAAUUCAGGUUGACUUACAAUAUGAUUCUGAAUCUGUUAAGAAUUGAAGCAUUGCGUGUUGAAGAGAUGAUAAAAUAUUCUUUCAGCGAAAAUAGCAAGCAAAAUCUUUUGCCUAAACAUGAGAAAAAGGUUAAAAUUUUGCAAGAAGUAUUAGAAAAAGAGCCUAACGUUGAAUGUUCGAUCUGUAACCAGGACAUUGACACUGCAGUUGAAUUCAAAUUAAAAUUCGGGAAAUGCACUCAAGAUAUUCUGAAAGAGGCGAAUAACAAUCGGGUUCUAGUGAGAAUGUUAAAAGUUGGAAGGUUGGUAGGAUACAGGGAUAACGAUGGAAACAUGAAAUUAGGAUUUAUCUUUUCCGUAAACCUUGCUAAUUCUGGUUGCACUGUGCUCUCAUUUUCAUCUCCCUGUACUUUAAAAGAUGGCAAGGUUAAUAGUUUACCGUUUUUCAACUAUCCAAAUUAUGCCAAUAAAUUCUUUCAGCCUUUCAAUGUUUCCGAACCACUACUCGAAAACAUUUUACUGGAGGAUAUUGAGCUAAUUGCUCAUUACUACUUUGUUACUCCAUUGGCUAAUAUAAUUAAUGGUGAUCCUGAAGCCAAAGAGGCAUUUUAUAAGAAGACUCUAAAGUUAACCGCAAAAGCGCAUACAUUGCGUGAACUUAACAUAGAGAAGUACAUCAAUUUGAAAAUUCAACAAUACCUAAUGGAACAGAGGAAGACAGUGCAUGAUUUCUUGAAUUUGAAGUGCUUGGAGUGUGAUAAUUUCCCUGAACAUUUUGGCCAGAGGUAUCGGAAAUAUGGUAUUGAACAACAGAUAAAGGAUACCUAUCAUUUAAUGUCGGAUCAAAAUUUGAACUUGUUGCCUGAUUACGAGCAAAGAUUGGCAGUAUUAAGAGAGUGUGGUUUCAUUGCUUCUGACAACACUGUACUUUUGAAAGGAAGAGUAGCUUGUGAAAUUAAUUCUGGAUAUGAGCUGGUGUUAACUGAAUUAAUUCUAGAUAAUUUCUUGGGAGAUUUUGAGUCUGAAGAGAUUGUUGCCUUACUAUCUAUCUUCGUAUAUGAAGGCCGCACAAGACAAGACGAACAAUUGGUAACCACACCAAGGUUGGCUAAGGGCAUAAAGAGGAUCGAAGAGAUUUAUACUCGCUUGCUAGAGACGUAUGAAAUGUACCAAGUUCCACUGACAAAGGAAGAAGCAGAAUUUCUUGAGAGAAAUAGAGCUGCGUUAAUUAAUGUUGUAUAUGAAUGGGCCCGAGGUCUUCCAUUUAGAUCUAUCAUGGAGAUUAGCGUUGAAGCUGAAGGCACCAUUGUAAGGACAAUUACAAGAUUGGAUGAAGUUUGCCGUGAAGUUAAAAUUGCAGCCUCCAUCAUUGGAGAUUCAAGCUUAAAUCUCAAAAUGUGCCAAGCACAAGAAUUGAUUAAAAGAGAUAUUGUAUUUGCAGCUAGUUUAUAUCUUUAA